AUGCAGCUGCUGCUACUGCUUACCGGCCGUUUGUCCUCCGAAGCGCGGGUCCUGGAGAGUCUGGGGGAUCCCGGACCAGCCCCCAAAAUGUUGUACCCGGAUCGUGGAAUCCCACCAAACACCACAGGAGCCGCGGAUCGAUGCAAAAGCAGGCGGGCGAUCAGGGAGCGGAGCAGAUCAGAGAGCAGCGCGCCCCGCCGGGCCCCCGGUGCCCACCGCGCUCCCACGGCCGCCGCCGCGCAGCCUCCCGCCGGCUGUACGCUCCAGGCCUCGAUGAAGAGCCCAAACAUGGAGACGUUCAAGCAGCAGAAGGUGGAGGACUUUUAUGACAUCGGGGAGGAGCUGGGGAGCGGCCAGUUCGCCAUCGUGAAGAAGUGCCGGGAGAAGAGCACGGGGCUGGAGUACGCGGCCAAGUUCAUCAAGAAGCGGCAGAGCCGGGCUAGCCGGUGGGGCGUGUGCCUGGAGGAGAUCCAGCGGGAGGUGAGCAUCCUGCGGCGGGUGCUGCACCCCAACGUCAUCACGCUGCACGACGUCUUCGAGAACCGCACCGACGUGGUGCUCAUCCUCGAGCUAGUGUCCGGAGGAGAGCUCUUCGACUUCCUGGCCCAGAAGGAAUCCCUGAGUGAGGAGGAGGCCACCAGCUUCAUUAAGCAGAUCCUGGAAGGGGUGAACUACCUUCAUGCCAAGAAAAUCGCUCACUUUGAUCUCAAGUUGGAAAUCUACAUUUCUGAAGGAACCCACUCAACAGAGGAAGAGAUCAACAAGCAGAUAAAUGACAAAGAGCGAGUGGCGGCUGCCAUGGAGAACCCCAGCUUACGGGAAAUCGUGGAACAGUGUGUCCUGGAACCUGACUGAUAGCUGUUUUAGAGCCACUGAAGUAUAAUCAUUUGAUAUAUUUGUUUAAAGUCUUUGUAAAAUGUAAAAAAUUCAUGUUUAAUACAUAGGUGAUUUGUACCUCAGAGCAUUUUGUUAAAUGAUGAUUUCCAAGCAAGAUUGAAUUAUAAGGUAGUACCUAGUUUGUUCAAUGUCUAACAUUCUCAGGAUUUGUAACCCUUAAAUAAUCAGACAAAGAUAUUUUCUAGUUACUGUGUGUAAGAUGAGAUGCUAUUUUUCUGAUGCCCAUUCUGAUGCUUUUCAUGUCAAAAUAUUUACUGUGCCCAAGUGUACUCAAUUUAAACCAUUACUCUGUAAAAUAAAUAAAACAGAUGAUUCUUGUA